AUAAAAAAAGUGGUAAGAGAACAAGUCCAGCUUAAAGAAGCUCAUCUCUUUACUCAUUUCACGAUUCCCCCGUCUCGUGUUUCUCUCACGCACUUGUGUCUUUGAGUUUCCUCCUCUUCUCUUCUUUUGGUCUUUCAUCAAAAAGACCAAAGUUGAUGUUUUUACAGCCCUAAACAGAGACAGCCACAUACAUGUGUUAUGUCCCCAUAAUCCCAUUAUUACCACCAUUUCACACUUCUCUCCUAAAAUUUCCAGAUCCGACACAAACCCAUCUCAGAGCAGAAUCUGCAGAAUCAAGAGCCAUAGAGAGAGAAUGGGAGUGAUAUUGGACUCUUGGUGCUUCUGCAAAGGAGUAAGCAAAAGCGAGAAGAUGAAAGGUUCGAUUUUCUCCGGCAAAGCUCCGGCGAUGGCUCGAAUCUCCGUCUCCGGACCAAACGGUACUGUUACUUCCGGAACAGGAUUCCUCAUUCAUCGGAAUCUACUCCUCACCACUCACCUUAAUCUCCCUUCCGUCUCCGCCACCGAAACCGCCGAGGUCCGCCUCCAGAACGGCGUCGCCGCCGCUCUCUUCCCUCACAGGUUUUUCAUCACAAGUUCGGUUAUUGAUCUGACCAUAGUUGGAGUAGACCUUGUUGAUGGUGGAGACUCAAACUCUCAGAGUCAAACCCAACAACAGCCACAUUACCUGAAGACAUGUUCUAAACCAAACCUGGAGUUAGGAAGUGUAGUGUACCUUUUAGGCUACGCUGCUCAGAACGAGCUCAAGAUUGGUGAGGGGAAGCUAGUGGUAGCUACAGACAGUCUCAUCAAACUAUCUACUGAUGAAAUGAUAUGGAGUCCUGGAUCAGCUGGGUUUGAUGUUCAAGGGAAUCUCGCAUUCAUGAUCUGUGAUCCGAGGAAGCUAGCUACAUCACCAGCCUCAACUUCUACAUCUUCCUCAUCAUCAUUGAAGAAAGAUAACAACAAGACGCUGAUGAUGCAGUUUGGUAUACCAAUGCCUGUGAUCUGUGACUGGCUGAAUCAGCAUUGGGAAGGUAGUUUGGAUGAGCAUACGAGUAAACCUAAGCUGCCUCUCAUUAGGUUAAUGUCUUCUGGUCAGAAGAGUGAGCGUUCUUGUGCUUCUUUCACCAUGCGCCCUGUCUUCAAGCCAACUGACUCUGCUGCUGAUGUGGGAACACCAUCUUCAUCUAACGCUAGAGAUCAAACUGAGGGAGACAAGGAGGAAAAAGAAGAAGAAACCUCAAGAAAGUUAACUACUUCUACAACUCAUGCACAAGGCAUCCCAACCCCUGAGAUAUAUGAAUCGCCAAAGCUAACUUCAAGCCCUUUAAGAAAGGACUCUGGUGGUGGUCAAGUCCAUCUUUUGGAUAUCAACUUCCCGCCACGUGUACCUAAAGUCCCAACCUAUCUUCCUCAGCUCAACUAUCCACCACAGAGUAGUAACCAUAUGGUGGAAGAGGCUGAGAUAGCCUCCGAGGGAUCAGACGCGCAGAUUGCUUCAACAGGCUCAGUGAACGGCGCUCUCAGCGAGGUCAUCUCAAGCUCACCACCACCAGAAGCAGCUCACUAUGUAUAUCACCACAAUCAUGGAUACAGCAGCGAGGAAGAGACAACAAUGUACUCUGCAGAGACAGCCGAGAGCCGAAACUAUCCAACACCUCCAGCGAAAAGCUGUGUUGGAAGGAGCCAAAGCUGUGUGAGCUCCUCCGGCAGAUGGGGAACGCCUCAGAAGAGUUUGAGCGGUAGAAGAGCAAUGCUGGAGAAGCAAAGAAGCUUUGUCCAUGGGAAUAAUAAGAUGCAUUCACAAGGAGGAGCAACCUCUCAGAGGAGUAAUGACUAUUACAGCCCAACGGUGUCAUCAAUCAUGAAGAAAAGGAAUAAUAGUUCGGAGAAACCGGUUUUCAAACCGGUGCCUAGACCUAGAGCUGCUAGCCCUUCUUCCCAGAGAUGGAUGUUCUGAGACCAAGAGAAAAGAGCCAAAACUUUUGAUGUCUUGUACUACUAAUUUGAUUUCAACUCUUGUGCAGGCAUAUUGAAGAGAGACGUUACCAAUAGAAAAACAUACAGUCUUGCAUU